UGAGCUACGGGGGUUUCCUUGUCUUUGACUGGAGACCAAGCAGGAGACGGGCGUAUGAUAACAGCAUCCAGUGCUGUUAUUGAGCCUUCACACUUUUCAAUGAACUGUUCUCAAAGAAAGCACUGAUCGUGCCUUCUGCUCUGCAGGGCAGAGAUCAGUGUCUCAAUCUGCACCAUCUUUUUUAUGAGAUUCUUUUUCAGACUUUUUUACUUCUAGCUCUGUGUAGCCUCUUCCUUUUCCACCAUGGUGCUAGGAAAGGUAAAGAGCUUCACUGUAAGCUAUGACUGUCUCAAUGACAGUAACGUCCCCGUUUUCUCAAGCGGGGAUAGUGUCUCAGGGAGAGUGAUUAUUGAAGUCACUGGAGAAAUCCGUGUGAAAUCACUCAAAAUCAACGCAAAAGGUUUUGCAAAAGUUCGUUGGACUGAAUCAAGAAAUGCUGGAUCCAACACUGCCUACACACAAAACUAUACAGAGGAAGUGGAGUAUCUAAAUCACAAAGACAUCUUAAUUGGACACGAAAGAGAUGAUGACAAUUCUGAAGAAGGUCUCACCACUAUCCAUUCAGGAAGACACGAGUAUGCAUUCAGCUUUGAGCUUCCACAGACACCCCUGGCUACCUCCUUUGAAGGAAAGCAUGGCAGUGUGCGGUACUGGGUAAAAGCAGAACUCCACAGGCCAUGGCUCCUGCCCAUGAAGACCAAGAAGGAAUUUACAGUCUUUGAGCACAUUGACAUCAACACUCCCUUACUGCUGUCACCACAGGCAGGCACAAAAGACAAGACUCUUUGCUGCUGGUUCUGCACCUCAGGUCCUAUUUCCCUAAGUGCCAAAAUUGAGAGGAAGGGAUAUACACCAGGAGAAUCAAUCCAAAUUUUUGCAGAGAUUGAGAACUGCUCGUCACGUAUGGUGGUGCCUAAAGCAGCCAUUUACCAGACCCAAACCUUCUAUGCCAAAGGAAAGAUGAAGGAGGUUAAACAGCUUGUGGCUAACCUGCGUGGCGAGUCCCUCUCCUCUGGAAAAACUGAGACUUGGAAUGGAAAGAUGCUGAAGAUCCCACCGGUCUCACCUUCCAUCCUGGACUGCAGCAUUAUCAGAGUGGAGUACUCUCUGAUGGUGUAUGUGGACAUACCUGGUGCGAUAAACCUGUCCCUAAACCUGCCCCUUGUUAUUGGGACCAUCCCGCUCCACCCAUUUGGCUCUCGCACCUCCAGCGUCAGCAGCCAGUGCAGCAUGAGUUGGCUAGGCAUGGGGCUGCCUGAGAGGCCUGAGGCACCUCCGAGCUAUGCAGAAAUUGUAACAGAAGAACAGCGGCUGGAUGUUCCAGCGGCCCGUGAGGAGCUGGAGGGACAUCUGUUUGCCUACAUUCAUGAGUUUCGCUUUCAACCUCCUCCACUUUACUCUGAGAUUGAUCCAAAUCCAGAUCAUGCCAGUUGCACUGAAGAGCGUAGGCUGGACAGCUGUCCAUCACGUUGAGAGUUAAUACUGAGUUUCCCUGUUGGAUUCGGGGAACUAAAAUAAACCUGUGUGCAAAGCUCAGCUUUGUAUAGUCCUCCAUGACAGCACUCAACCUGGCCUCCAGAGACGUAUCCCACCAUCCAACACAACAUGGACUUCUAACAGUUGGUUGUAUGGACAAACCUAUUCCAACCUUUUCCUUUGAAAGAGGAGCAGGCGUUUGUUUGGGUACAGCUUUGUGGAGUCAAACUGCUCACAGUGGGACAUGUCUGAAAACCCCACUAGUAGCACGAGCCUCAGUGGUUGAAGAAGAGGAAGACCCUUAGGGCUCAAGUCUGCCAAGCUUUUUCCCUAUUUCUAAAUUUUGGCACAUGUGGACACCUCCAAAGACAAUGGGGUCAAACUACCACACUCUGAAUGAAAGCAUUCAUUGGCAGUGGUUGACAGAAGAGAUAAGCCUCCUGCCUACUUUGGGAAUUUUUUGCACAUUUUAUUCUUUACUUGAGUUGUGUGACUCUGUUUAAGGAAAGUGAAAAUCACUAUUAGUUUGGCCUUGUAAUACACCAGACUAAGACUGAAAAACUUAACUUUUUGCAUCAUUUUGAUCAUAAGAGAGAAAAGACUGAAAAACACAUGAACAAUGCACUGAAUUUUUUGUUUUUUACUUUCCAUGUUAUUAUUUAUGAGGACAAAAAGGGAAAAUGGCAAAUAUUCCUUGAAAAACUAGUGUUUCACUCUAAAACUUUCUGGACAGGCCUGAAAUUUUUGGUUUUCUUGAUUAACUUUUCUAUUUUCAUGUAACUUGUGGGCAUUCACUUAGUUUUCUUUUUAGAUUAGCAAUAUAACUGAGUUAGUCUAUGACCUUUGUGAACCUCCUCAGUUUGAGGGGGUGGCAGCUGUUGACCAGCACCCUCCCCCACUGAGAAUCAUUUAGGCAACAUAAAUAGCAUGUAAACUGCUUCUUUCACUUUUAAUAAGUCUGUGAUUCGCUAAAUCAGCCACUCAAAAUAAGCUUCAACAUUCAGGUUGCAGUUCUGUCGUUUUUUUGCUUGAGUUGUUCAGUGUCAAAAUUAAGCUAUACUCCUGACCUGUAAGAGGCAGGACCUAAAAUGUUCAGAGCAAAAGAACUUGGGGAGGGCAUCUGAGACAUUUUAGGGGAAAAGUGCAAUAUCACACCUAUUUCCCUUCAUUCUCCAUUUGUAUAUUUGUUUUUGUAUAUCUUUUUGACCUGUUAAUCAUGAUGAUGUUAAAAUAUUCUAUGAAUAUACUAGGUUCUGAAUGAUUAAACCCUUGUCUAGUUCUUCUCUUUGAUUUAAAUAAAUAAUUAGUUUGAAA